GGGAGCAAAAGUUUUCCAGAAGUGGAGGAGGGAUGGCAGCAGUCGCUGGAGUGGAGCGAGGAUGGAAAACGGGAAGAACGUGUUGUUCUGAUUAUCUUCUGAGAAGACCGGACUUGGUGGACUAAAUCUUUAAAAACAGGUUUUUGUUUCUUUUCCAUGGAAGAAAAACGGAUUCGCUCCACAAUUUGAUUCAUCCACAUGUGACCUGAAGCUCAUUUGAAGGCAUCUCGUUCUCCGGAAGAUCUUUGGACAUGUUUCUUUAGAAGGUUUGUUCAUCAUCAUGAUGCUGCUGGUUCUGAUUGUGGUUCUCAAUCUGGGCUCUCGGGCCCGUAGCGCAGAGUCGUCAUCCAUAACAGUCCAGUACCGCAUCUGGGAGGAGCAACCUGUGGGAACUCGGGUCGGAUGUCUGGUGGAUGACCUUCGCCGUAUGGAUCAGGAAGGUCCUUUGGAGGACUUCCAGGUCGUGGAACACGGUAGGGCGCUUCCCUUUUCUGUCAACGCUCCCGACGGAAUCGUGUCCACUCAGGGUCGUUUAGACAGGGAGGAGUUGUGUCGUGAUUCGGAAUUCUGCGAAGUGGCGUUCAGUGUCCUUUACAAAAAAAACGGUGCCAUGAACUGCUUGCGUGUUCACGUGGAGGUCAUGGACCUGAACGACCACAGUCCAAGCUUCGCCGGUCCGGCGCAAGAAGUGGAGAUCUCCGAGACGGCGAGCCUACGGAUAAGAAUCCCGUUGGAAUGUGCGGUGGAUCCUGACGCGGGAGCCAACGGUCUUCAAAGUUACUCGCUUUCUGUCAAUCAACACUUUGCAUUGGAUGUUACGAGUGCUGUGGGCGGGACCAAACAAGCGGAGCUGGUGGUGAUCAAAGAACUGGACAGAGAAGUCCAAGCAUCUUUCGAUCUAGUCCUGGUGGCUUGGGACAAAGGGAACCCUCCGAGAUCCGGAAGCACAUUAAUCCGUGUUAAUAUUCUGGACUCCAAUGACAACAGUCCCACUUUUGAGGACAGCGCCCCCACUGUGGAGAUACCCGAGGACACAGUCCGAGGAACAACCAUAAUCCACCUGAAAGCCGAUGACCCGGAUCAGGGAACCAACGGGGAAGUGGAGUACUCGCUAAGUAAACACACACGGCCCAAUAUCCGGAAACUUUUCCAAGUGGAUCCACAAAGCGGUGCCGUGAGUGUUAGAGCUCCUUUGGACUACGAGGUCCAGGUCUCCUACGAAGUCAUCAUCCAAGCCCGCGAUCGUGGACCCAAUUCUAUUCCGUCUCAUUGCAAGCUACACGUCAAGCUAACGGAUAUUAACGAUAACGCUCCGAGGAUACACAUGACUUGGACUCAUCCCAAUUCAGAUGCGGCAACGGUUCUGGAAGGAGCGCCGGUAAACACGUUCCUUGCGUUGGUCAUGGUUUCUGAUGCCGAUUCCGGAGAAAACGGGAAAGUUACAGCAAUAAUGCAGCGAGAUUCCGGUCCGUUCCGACUUGAGAAGGUACACGGGGAGAAUUACAUGAUCGUAACGGCGGGAUUCCUGGAUCGGGAGAAGGUGAUGGAUUAUAACGUGACGCUCCUGGCUCAGGAUUUUGGAGAUCCUCCGUUGUCUUGUGUUCGAUAUCUUCCUGUUCAUGUUCUGGAUGAGAACGACAACGCUCCGGUUUUCUCCUCGACGGUUUUUAAAGCGUCCUUCAUGGAGAACAACGUCGCCGGAUAUCGCGCACUGAAAGUGGAAGCUCAUGACGCCGACUCGGAAUUGAGCGGUAGAGUUCUGUACUACAUUCGGAACUCCACCGAGUCCUUCUCGGUGCAUCCAACAAGCGGCGUCGUUAAUGUUCUUCGCCCUCUGGACUACGAAGAAUCGCACUCGUAUUCGUUCCUGGUGGAAGCCGUGGAUCAAGGUCAUCCGCCUCUUCGGACCGUUGCCGCCGUGGAAAUCGAAAUCCAGGAUAUGAAUGAUAAUUAUCCGAUUAUCACGGAUCCGAGACCGAAACAAGGUGUGGCUUCCUUAGUCGUUCCGGUUAACGCAGAUCGUGGCGAGAUUGUAUCUGAACUCGGAAGCGACGCUGACGACGGAUCGGGAGUUUUUCCAAUUGAAGAUGGUUUUCAUGGAUUUCUUGCGUCCACUAUAAAAGCUGAGGAUUCCGACUCGGGACUGAACGGACGACUCCAGUACUUCAUCACUGACGGAAACGGGAAUGGGGUCUUCUGGUUGGACCGCACCACUGGCCGACUUUUUGUUAACACCACCAACGCAACCGAACUCAUCGGUAAAACCGUCACCGUCGGCAUUUCCGUAUCUGAUAUGGGCACGCCUAGUUUAGCAACCAAAGCAGCACUGGAGGUGACGUUCACUAACCUCAAGGAUCAUUUGAAGAACUCGUCUCCCGGCGACCGUGGGCGGCUCAGCUUCGCCAUGAUGAUGGGGAUCUGCUUAGGGGUGACGUGCCUGCUGUUGUUGCUAGCCGUCACCGUCGUGACGACGGUGUGUCGCCCGGAUAAACGGGAAAACCGAGCCUACAACUGCAGGAAGGCUGAGUCGACGUAUACUCGGCACCCUCGACGGCCGCAGAAGAACAUAAGGAAGUCGGAUAUUCAGCUUAUUCCCGUGAUAAGGGAAAGAAAGGAAGAUCCUCCUUUGGAUCAGAGCGAGACGACGCCACUAGCUCCGGAGACGUCACAUGACCAGGAAGCUGAGAAACACUUUGAUUUUACGCCGUUGAUGUUGAACUCGAGCUUCCGUUCUCAAAGUCACCUUGACGGGGAGGCAUCUCACGGCAGAACGCUGCGGAAACCCGGAAACAUCGAACUGGACGCCGCUUUACCUCUGACGCCACCGAUAUCAUAUCGGACGCUUCGGAAGGCCAGGAACCCGUCAUCGUCCUCUUCAGCGUCACGUUCGAGUACCUUGAAGCGGGAGAAAGCUGAGACGCCCCAGGCGACCCUCAGGAGGCCGAAGACUUCAGAGGGUCGAGAACUGUACGAUGCGGAACAUCGAAGGAUGCUGCGGAAUCUGGUGCGGCUGUCCAUGGUGGCGUUGGCUGACUCCAUCGAGCUGUCGUCAGCUUCCCCGGAAGUUCAGCAGAUCUCCCAGCUCCUCUCCCUCCUCCGCCAAGGUCAACUCCAGCCUCGACCGAACUUCCGAGGGAACAAAUACUCUCAUCGUGCUGCUGGCAGGUAUGCAGGUCAGGACGGUUCUGAUUGGCAGAGCACCAAAGACAGCGGACACGGCGAGAGCGAGGCCGGGGACGUGGAUUGGGACGCGGGAAGAGACUCGCCCGUGGACCCUCAACUUGAGGAGGGGCUUCAUAACCUGCUCAACAACUCUGAAGACGUCUUCUCGGAGGUCAGCGACCCGGCAUGGAUGGCCCGCCUCUCCCUGACGCUCUCCGGAGAUUACCAUGACAACGUCUUCGUCCCGAACGCACCGCCGUCCUCUGAUAGCGAACUCCUGCCCCGAGACGGCUUGGACUCGUCGUCUUCCUUCUCCACCUUUGGAAAAAGUCCGGAAAAGGACGGCCCACUGGGCGGGGCCUUGCUGUCCGAGGUCAGCACGCUCUUCGAGAUGCUGAUGACGCAGAAGGCCGACACCCACCCCGGCCCCCGAGCAGACGUCCUCUACCGACUGUCCUCGGCGUGUCGACGCUCGCUGGACUCGGACGGCCCCACGCCAACUGUGAGCGGCACGGUCCGAAGCCUGGCCCCGCCUUCUGCGCGCUUUUAACACUGGAAAAAAAAACAAUAGAAUGAGGACACUUUUCUUAUGUGAUUGACAGUUUUAAUUUUUAACUGUUUAAUUUAAAGUUGCAGACUUUUCCUUCGAUUGAGGUUUUGCAGAAUACAACAAAAUGAAAGAACGUUUCCCCAACACGAUCAUCGUCAGUGUAAACAUAGCCUGGAGAUGAAUAGUGACAAAGGAAAUCAUGAUUUGUUGUAAAAAUAUGAGAAAUGGAGAAGUGGAAAAGAAUGAAGCGGAAACAGGAAGUAGUUUAACGGAGAAUAUAGAAUUAGUGUUGCCGCUAAUGACCACAGGAUGACUUUGAUGUUUUAAAAUGAGGUGGGGCGGAUGGGAUGUAGGAGGUCUUGGGGGACCGGGUGGGGGUGAAGUGGGGGUUGAGGGGCUUGGGUCUCAGAUGUUCACCUGCUGUGCACACAUGCUGACCACAUUCAAAGUUCAAUUAGUGGACUUUCAUGUUGAAAUAACAGCACUUUGUACAUAUUUUUUUAAUUACCUUUUCAACUCUUUUUCAUACUUUUUUUUUCUACAAUAAACUCAACUUAAAACCUUUCAAGUUUUGAUGAUAACGAGGGGAACGUCAACUCUUAAUGUGUGUGUGUGUAUGAUCAAACGUUAUUCAUGCUAGUCCUUACAUAUGGAUGACUUACCAAUUAGGCAGGUUUUGUUGUGCAAGGCGUCCUCUGGUGGUCAGCUGGUGCAAUUACAACCAACCUAUACAAUUAGUGCUUCUUUGAUGAUGUUCUAUGGUUUUCCAAACCAAAGACAAACCAUUCCUCUGGUCAACGUCGGAUUUGGAAGGAUUUGAAAACAUUUGUUUCCAUGGUGCUCGUACAUAUUGAUGAAUGGAUGGAUGGCCGGAUAGAUGAUUGGAUGAUUGGAUGAUGGAUGGAUGAAUGAAUGGAUUGAUGGA